AAACCAGCUGGUACCUGGACAUGUUAUACCUGUAUGAUAGAAAAUAAUGUAGAGAAAACAAAAUGUGCAGCUUGUGAAACUCCCAAACCAAGCUCUAAACCAAUAGGUAUUUUGUCGUCAUUAUUUGCUAAGAAAGCUGGUAGUUGGGAUUGUGAUGUAUGUAUGGUACAAAAUAACCCAGAUGUGGAGAAAUGUGCUGCAUGUGAAACUCCCAAACCU